UGUCCACCACCCACGCGGUUCUCACAGUAAAACUUCACGAGGAACCAUGCAAGUUUAUGUGGCUGUGAUAUUCGCGUACGGGGUGUCCGCAUUCAAUAUCAGCGAGGAAAAAACGACGUGCCCCCUUGGAUAUUUCCCCUGUGGCAACCUGACCGUGUGCCUGCCUCAGCUCCUGCACUGCAACGGCAUCGAUGACUGUGGGAAUCAAGCGGAUGAGGAGAACUGUGGGGAUAAUAAUGGAUGGCCCCAUCUUUUCGACAAGUAUUUUGGGAUGCCCAGCUACAACACUGGAACAAAGUCCCAUAUGUGCUUGCUGGGAGUCUUUCCUGAGCUCUGCAAGUGCCGAGACCUGGAGCUGGACUGUGACGGCGCGCAGCUUCGAGACAUCCCAGCGGUGGCGGUUAAUGUCACCAUGAUGUCCCUUCAAAAGAAUCAGCUCCUGAAGCUUCAGGCAAACACAUUCUUUAAGUACAAAAGCCUACAGAAACUAUAUCUUCAAUACAACAGAAUUCAAGAUGUGAGUCCUGACGCUUUCAGAGGGCUGCAUAAUCUGACAAGACUGUAUCUGAGCUACAACAGCAUCUCUAUCCUGAAGCCGGGGGUUUUCAAGGACCUGCACAAGCUCGAGUGGUUGAUUUUAGAAAAUAACAAUAUCCAACACAUAUCCUCCAUGACCUUCUCAGGACUGAACUCGCUCGUUUUACUGGUUUUGUUGAACAACUCUUUGACAAAGCUGGAUGACAUAUGUCGGGAAAUGCCAAUUUUGAACUGGCUGGAUUUGGAGGGAAAUCUCAUUGAAACCAUUGGAAAUGUGUCUUUCUCCUCAUGCAGUAUGCUGACAGUUCUGGUUUUACAGCAGAACAGGAUCAGCCACGUACACGAGCAAGCUUUCUCAGUCCUCCCAAGGCUUGGAGAAUUGGAUCUAUCGAACAACAGACUGGAGGCCAUCCCACCUAAUCUCUUUGUUUUACUCGGGGAUUUACUCCAACUGAAUAUAUCAUAUAAUCCCAUCAUGGAGCUCCAAGUCGACCACUUUGACAAGUUGCAUAAACUGAAGUCAUUGAGCAUAGAAGGGAUCGAAAUUGGAAACAUACAACGGAGGAUGUUCGAACCUCUCAAAUACUUGACUCAUAUCUACUUCAAGAAGUUCCAGUACUGCGGCUACGCUCCUCACGUGCGCAGCUGCAAACCCAACACGGACGGCAUCUCGUCCUUCGAGGACCUGCUGGCCAACAUCGUGCUGAGGGUCUUCGUUUGGGUCGUCUCCGCCACCACAUGCUUCGGCAAUAUCUUCGUCAUCUGCAUGCGCUCCUACAUCCGAUCAGAGAACAAACUCCAUGCCAUGUGCAUCAUUUCCCUCUGCUGCGCAGACGGGCUGAUGGGCAUCUACCUCUUCAUGAUUGGCGCGUAUGAUCUGAAGUACCGCGGCGAAUACAACCGGCACGCUCAGGCCUGGAUGGACAGCAGUCAGUGUCAGGUCAUCGGAUCUUUGGCCAUGCUGUCCACCGAGGUGUCCGUCCUUCUCCUCACUUACCUCACUCUGGAGAAAUACAUAUGCAUCGUGUACCCUUUCCAGUACCUGACGCCUGGCUGGAGACGAACUGUCACCAUCCUUCUCGGGAUAUGGGUGUUCGGCUUUAUCAUUGCCCUUCUGCCGCUGGUCUGCAAGGGGCUGUUUCGCAACUUCUACGGCACCAAUGGAGUUUGCUUCCCGCUUCACUCUGAGCAGCCAGAGACAGCUUGGGCUCAUGUGUACUCCAUCGUCAUUUUCCUGGGUCUCAACUUGGUGGCGUUUCUCAUCAUUGUCUUAUCCUAUGCAAGCAUGUUCUAUAACAUCCAGAGAACAGGGACUCAAACCACCAAAUACAGCAACCACAUCAAGAAAGAGGUGACCAUCGCCAAGAGGUUCUUCUCUAUCGUCAUCACUGACUCCCUUUGCUGGAUCCCCAUCUUCAUUCUCAAGAUCCUGUCGCUGCUGCAGGUGGAGAUUCCUGGUACCAUCAGUUCCUGGGUGGUCAUAUUUAUUCUGCCCAUUAACAGCGCCCUAAACCCCAUCCUUUACACGCUGACCACACGGCCUUUCAAAGAGACUAUUCUGCAGGUAUGGGCAAACUACAGGCAGAGGAGGCCUCUGCUCAGCGGCCACCCAGCUCAACAUCCAUCUCUAACAUGGCAAGAAAUGUGGCCCCUGCAGGAAAACAGCAAUGGCCCCACCACGGGUCACCCGCUGGAAACUACCGCCACGAUAGCUAAGCUCACACCUGUGGAAAAUACCAACGAUGGAUAUAAUGUCAUCACCACAUGCACACAACAAAUACCGAAGAAGCAUACAGUGCUGUCAGUAUGCUCAAAGGAUGAAGAAGUGCCACUCACACACACACAAACACACACACAAACACACACACAAACACAAGCAAACAAUGUGGGUGUCGAUUAG